AUGUCGGAGAGUUUUGAAGCGAGAAGCUUCGUGAUCAAAUCCGAAAAGGUUACAGACGGUGCAGCCUCGAAGAAAGAUCUUCACGAGCCUCACGAGUCUCGCCACUUCACCCUGGAAGAGCGUUUGGGCAGUGGCGCUUCCAGCUACGUCUAUGCCGUCUGUGCAGGUGGACGGAGCUGGGCUGCGAAGUUCUUCCGCCAGGAGCAAGGUCAGACACCCGAAGCUUUGCAACGAGAAGCACAGAUCCUCGCUGAUUUGCCCAGAAGCCCGUAUUUGGUGGACUUUGAGGGCUAUUUCUCCACUGAGCUGGAAACUUCUGCCGACUUGCGAGAGGAACUCAAGAACGAGAAAGAGAAGCAUGGCAAAGAGCCGUUGGAGGGGGACGUGAAGGAAGAAGCGAAGGAGGCCUUUUAUUUCUUGCUCAUGGAAAGGUGGGGUCGUCACGACCAUUGCGACGCUGCGACGCGUAGCCGGCGAGCCGAGCUUUUGACGGAAGCCGCUUGCUUGAUCGAGAACUCCGCUUUCAGCGAGUCAGAGGCAGCUUUCGCCACGGACGCCAUCUUGAGGGGCUUGGCGCACUUGCACUCCUUGCGAGUCGUUCAUCGUGACCGGGAGGCAAGCUGCGAGGUUACACCAGCACUGCAGGCCUUGUGA